AACUUAGAGCACCACAGGGCGAUUCCGGACUCUCCCGCGCAGGCGCAGAGCCACGGCCUCCAGUAUGUUGCCCACUCUCCUUAGCGUCUCUGUUCUCUAACAGGCCAUUUGCCCCGGGAGAAUUAGCUCCGGGCGGUUGAUCAGGCAAUGACUGGCCCCGCAUACCGAGCAGGAUACGACCAGGGGUCUGAGUGGAAGAGCGUCUGUGAUCCCCAGGAAACUUGCAGGAAUCCCAGCAUGUGAAUUGGAUAUAAUCACCAAGUUGGAAGAAGAACAACUGUAGACACUGGAUCUUCAGGGAGCUGAAGAGGGGAAUGAAAGUGACCAAAAAUAUCUAUCUAGAUAGGGAGAUUUGAACUGAACCAAAGCACCAACACCAAUCAGGCUAUUUCUGAAGAAGCAGAGUUUUCAGGGGCAGCAAUGGAAAGUCUCCAAGGGAGUAGUACCCAACGUCCUAUGAAUGAAGAUGCCUGUAAAAGUGAGGGCCAGUUAUCAAGGCAAACAAAAUGUAGUACUAUACAGAAGAAAUCUUCUUUCGAGAAAACAGCCAUCAGGAAAGUGUCAAUGACUCUCAAGGAAAUUUUCACUAGGGAGAGAGGCUCUGAAUCCAGUGACUUUAGUCUAAGCUCAAAACUUAAAACACAACAAAAAAUUCCAAAGGAAGCUAGGUCGCCCACACCUAGGAAAAACUCCAAAGAUAAGUCAGACUUAAUUAAACACCAAAAAACCUUUCCACAAAGGAAACCUUGUAAACACAGUGAAUGUGGUAAAGCCUUUAAUUACCAAUCAGACCUUACUGUCCACAGUGGAAAUCAUGGUGGAGAAAAGCCUUUUGAAUGCAAUGAAUGUGGGAAAACUUUUAGUCGAAGUACACACCUUAUUGAACAUCAAAGAACUCAUACUGGAGAGAAACCUUAUGAAUGCAGUGAAUGUGGAAAAGCUUUUAGCCGGAGUACACACCUUAGUCUACAUCAGAGGAUCCAUACUGGAGAAAAACCAUAUGAAUGUAGGGAAUGUGGAAAAGCCUUUAGCCGAAGCACUAACCUUAGUCAACAUCAGCGAACUCAUACUCGAGAAAAACCUUACAAAUGUAAUGAAUGUGGGAAAGCCUUCAGUGACCGUUCAACCAUAAUUCAGCAUCAACGGAUACAUACUGGAGAGAAUCCCUAUGAAUGCAGUGAGUGUGGAAAAGCUUUCAGUUGGAUCUCAUCUCUUAUUGAACAUCAGAGAACACACACUGGGGAGAACCCUUAUGAGUGCAGUGACUGUGGGAAAGUGUUCAGUCGAAGCUCAUCCCUUGUUGAACAUCAGAGAAUCCACACUGGAGAAAGGCCCCAUGAGUGCAGAGAGUGUGGAAAGGGCUUCAGUCGGAGCUCCUCCCUUAUUAUUCACCAGAGAACCCAUACCGGAGAGAAGCCUUACAAGUGUAAUAACUGUGGGAAAUCCUUCAGUCAGAGUUCAACUCUCAUCAGACAUCAGCAACUUCACACUAAAGAGUAAUAUCUGAGCUUUCAUUAAUAUUAGCAGAAGAGCACAUAGCAUAACCUCCUACAGCUGAAAAGAAACAUAUAUACUUGUUUGAAUUUUCCUUCCCUACCAGUUAGCUAUAAGCCAGUUUCAAGCUAGCUUGCCUUCCUUUUUGUAAACUACAUGCUCAAAUGAGUGAUCAAUCCAACAAGGAGAUGACUUUAACAACCUAACGUAUUAAAUCUAAUAUUCUGAAGGGCUCCAAACUUAUCUUAGACUACACAACUUACUAACACCUUCACCUUAUCUAUUCCAUGGAGCUUCAGCCUGAACAACUGGGGUGUGUGUGUGUGUGUGUGUGUGUGUGUGUGUGUGUGUGUGUGUGUGUUUUCAUGCUUGCUGGCUCCAGUAGCAGGGAGCUGACUUCAGAAUAGGACAAAAAACUUCCCACCAGUUUGGGGAUAUAGUCUUAAGGCAAAUUCAGUCUCUGGACUUAAAACAACAGAUUUUUUUUUGUUCCUUCCUCCCUCACCUGUCUUUGCUGCAGCAUAUUUUCCUCAAAGUAUAACCCAUAGUUAUACUAAUGUGCCUAACUAAACCUAGUGUUAUCUCAUCCCUAAAGAAUAUCCUUAAAAUGUUACAUUUAGUUCCUCCACUAUCUUAAAAAAAAAAGUGGCUUCCUGAUUUUUAAAACUUCUUUUGUUUACAGACUUUAUGAAAUCUAUACCCUCUGGUUCUGACUCUCACUACUCUUAUAAAGCUGAUCCAUCAAGGACAAACUCUGCCUAGUUUUCAGUCCUUUUCCUACUUGACAUUUACAGAAUUGGCACUUUUGGCCAUUCUUAUGCCUUAAAAUGUGAGCUUUUGGGAUCCAUGAUUCUGUGCUGAUCCACACUUUUCCUACCUCCCAGCACUUCUCUGGUUAACAGUGAUCAGCUCUAUGACUUUGGGCAAGAGUUGGAAAGAAUAAUUUCAUUUUAUUGGCUCAAUGCAGGCAUGGAUUCUAGUUUAAUCUAAAUCAGGAGGGCUUGAUUUAAUAGUGCAGCUGUUUUAGUCUUUUGAAUGGUGAGAUAAUCUCAUAAAUAUCUUGUUCCUUUUAGUUCUACUUUGAAUUAUAUACAUUUGCCCUUAGGACUGACUAUCCUUCAGAGCACCUGGGAUGCUGGCCUCUUGGUCUUCCAUUUCAUGAGACUGUUGUAAGGACUAGGUGAGUUUAUUAAUAUAAAGUGAUGAAAACAGUGCCUGAUUAUAUAGUAAGUGCUCAAUAAAUGCUAAUUGUUAUGAUUCUGUUAUUUCA